AUGGCUAAACAAGCGCUCCAAGUCAUUUUUAUUCCCCAUCGCCCAGUUCCUGACGAUGCAGAAAUCAACAAAGAUCUCUCGCCAGCUUUUGAUAUCUUAUUGCAUCAUUGGUGGACGCUGAACGUCUUUCCCAGAGCACCUGGUCUCCAGGCCCUUUGGCGCGGCAAGAAAUAUGAAGACCGCUUCACUCAAAUCGCCAUCCUUCUUUGGUCCUCGCAAGACUCCAGCCAUGCGUUCUUCACCUCCCCCGCGUAUGCUACUUUCCAUAAAGUCCUGCAACCAGCGAUGAAUGGGCGCCACAUCACAUGGCAAAAUCAUGCGCUGCUCAACACUACAGGCAUCGAUGAUGUAGCGCACCUGAAAGCAACGCUCAAUAGUCCUGCCAUUGAAGUUGCACUUACGAAAGUUGUCGAGGGUGGUGUAGCGGGAUAUUAUGAGAAUUUUAGCAAGGUGGUAGUUGGGAUUCUGAAUGAGGACCCAGGUUGCGACGGGCAUUUCAUAAGCCCGUUGAUAGAGAAUCCGCAAGACCAAUUAUUGUUGAUCAAUUGGAAGAGUGUAGAUGCACAUCAUGAGGAAUUUGAGAAGAGGCCUGGCUUUAAGGCGUGCAUUGAUGCGCUUUUUACGUAUUAUAAGGAGUUUGUGGUGCCGUGGCACAUUGUAGAGCUUAAGCUAGUUUAUGGAUCGCUAUAA